AUGGAAGGCGAAGAUCCCGGGGCGAUUGUCAUCCCGAUUGACUCGACAUACAGCGAUGGAGACCGCGCUGGCUGGCCGACGGGGGACCGAUUCGACAUGCCCGACGACAGCUACUAUCGGCGCAAGAUUGCGAGGCUGUGGGCGCAGAAGGUGGGCUUUUAUGAACCUGGUAGGUUUGUGCUUCAAUGUCUUUGUUAUGCUGAUAUAAAUACAGGAAAGGAAUACAUCCUGGACACUUUACCAGACGGGUAUGCGAUCUUCGACAGACCGCGCGGAACGGAUCCUGAUAUCGUGAGUUGCACGACCGUAACUCUUCUAACAGUGACUAAACCCCAGCGAGACCGUUUCCUCUACGGCCAUCCUCUCCAACAAUACUUCUACUCUACCGUUCAGUUCUUUCCGCAUUUCUGCCAUCUGAUGAGCCGGGGCAAAGAGCCCUGCACCUGCCUUCUCUGCGAGAAGCUAGCUAAGCGCAAGAAAGCCGCGGUCAUCAAACUCCGCGCGAAGGGCCAGCUCGACGAAAAAAUCACGGAACCUGUCAGCAUGGACUGGCGCGCCGAGCGCACGCCGCUCCGCGAAUACCUGGAGAAGCUGAACAUGCUCCCGUCGUUUGUGCCGCGCACGGGCGAGCUGGUGCUGUGGACGACGGAGUACGAGGGGAAGCUCGCGUGGAACCCGGAGGCGGGCCAGGUCCAGAUCUACCGACACAAGGAAUGGCACGGGGCUCCCGAAUGGCGCGCGGGCGUCGUCGGCCAGCUCCCCGAGGAAGAUGUGGUCUUGCAGGAUAUCGUCGCCACGACGCCGAAGAAAUGGGGGCCGAACUACUCGGGCUUCCGGGUGGAGACGUUCCCCGACCCUAACAGCGAGGAUAAGAGCUACUCCCUGCAGCACAAGUAUGUGCCCAUGAAGUGCAUCCGGCCGUUCGGCGCGUACGAGCAUUUCCUGCAGGGGGUGCCUCGGGAGAAACUGCAUCCGUCUAUCGAGAAUGCCCUGACCGUCAUGGCUUCGUUCAGCUUGCUGGAGAAAUACCGCUUCCAGGGGACGUGGCCUGAUGCCGCGAUCUACUGUCGUGGGAUCUUCCUGGGGGCUGAAUUCCUGGCGGUCGGCGACGCGGUGCGGCUCAAACCGUCGGGGUGCGAUGCAGAUACAGUCGGUCCUGCGACAGCAGUCACUCCCAACAUGAUGAUCAUCCACGAGAUCCGCCUCGAGCUAAAGGAGUGCGACGCCGACCCGCGAUCUAAACAACUGGCCGAGACGUACCAGGUGCGCAUCCAGGGCAAAGUGUACACGAACGAUCGCGAGCGCGCAGCAGCACUCCUACAACGGAGCCCAAACUCCCCGCAACCCCCACCCCCACCCAAACCCCUCACCUCGGACGAGAUCGCGAGCACCUUCCACUACGUCGGCAUGAGCGGCUACGGCGAGUGGUACCCGCUCCACUCCGGCGCCCUGGUCAACGUCUCCCAAGACAUGAUCCUGGGCCGCUGCUACGAGCCCGACGCGAUGCAGCUGCUGUUCCGCUCGCCGGCGCUCCACUACGAUCUGCACGGGGUGCUGCGCGGCCGGGCGUACUCGCGGGCGACUGACGAGCGCAUCCGCCCCGGCAAGCGGUGGUUCUGGGGCGAUUUCCGCACGCAGACGCUGGCGCUCGACACGCUCAACGGCGAGGAUGUGGGCCACUACAGCGACGUGCGCGACGUCAAGAUGUGGCGGGCCAAUUUAAGGGUGAUCGACGGCACGGCCAGGGCGGCGGACUUCCGCGACGCGAAGAUCCCCGGCGACGUCGGGCGGCCGUCGACCAAGACGGCGUCGAACUUCGCGAAGGUCGGCAAGCUCAGUAAGCUGGUGAGUACGGGGUUGGGAGCGGUGGACGGCAGUGCGCCGGCGAGUUCGGCGGAGGAUGGCGAUGGCGAUGGCGAUGGCGAUGGUGCUGUCUCUGGUGGGGAGCGUGAGUCUGAGGAGGAAGAGUAUACGCUACGGAUCGAUCAGUUGCGGGGUGGGACUGAGGAAACUGAAGGAGGGGACUACGUUCCAGGACCGGGCACCACCGAGCAGGAACCGCAGAACAAACGAGCGCGCAUGAUGGAAAAUGAUGUAGUGUAG